AUGGGACAGACUGUCACCACCCCCUUGAGCCUCACGCUUGACCACUGGUCAGACGUGAAGACACGAGCCAACAACGAGGGAGUUGUAGUCAAGAAGAAAAAAUGGAUCACUCUUUGCGAGGCCGAAUGGGUCAGAAUGGAUGUAGGAUGGCCUCGCGAGGGAACCUUUAACCUCAGUCUUAUUUCACAGGUGGAGGGAAAAGUUUUCGCUCUGAGUCCCCAUGGCCACCCGGACCAGGUCCCAUACAUCGCCAUGUGGAGACUCCUGGCGACAGAACCCCCCCAUGGGUUAAAGCCGUUUCUCUCCCCUCCAGCCCCCCUGGCAGCAGCAGCUCUCGCCGAAUCCCGGGCCGAGGAAGCCGGAUCGGCGGAUCCCUCCCACUCCCUGUUUCUCCCGACCCCUCCACCAGCGCGUCUUUUCCUCUCCCAGCGUCCGCCGCUCGCGCAGGGCGGGGCUGCGGGCAUGGGGUCGGCGGGGACCGCCCCCGGCCGGCGACUGGCCACUGCCGAGCGCACUUCCACUGUGGCGGUGCACCGCGCCCGGCUCUGGGUCGGCUGGGGAGGCCCGGUUUGGGGAAGGGGGCUCGGGAGGGGCGGCGUCACCCGUGAACGCCGAGUCACCCUGCCCCGAGGAGGACCCACCGCCAUACCCGGGGAAUCGGGCACCGGAGGGACCGGCGGCCCCCACAGAGGAAAGCGCGACGAACCAGCCAAAGAAUCCAGGGCCUUUCCCCUUAGGGAAGGUCCUAAUCACCAGCUCCAAUACUGGCCGUUUUCGGCUUCUGAUCUCUAUAACUGGAAGCAACAUAAUCCUCCUUUCUCUAAGGACCCUGUUGCCUUGACUAACCUGAUUGAGUCCAUUUUAGUGACCCACAAGCCCACUUGGGAAGAUUGUCAGCAGUUACUGCAGACCCUCCUGACGGUGGAGGAAAAGCAGCGAGUCUUCCUGGAGGCUCGGAAGCAGGUUCCAGGAGACGAUGGAAGACCCACCCAAUUGCCUAAUAUCAUUGACGCAGCCUUUCCCCUCACUCGCCCGAACUGGGACUUCGCGACCCCAGAAGGUAGGGAGCACCUACGUCUCUAUCGCCAGUUGCUCUUGGCGGGUCUCCGAGGGGCUGCUAGACGCCCUACCAAUCUGGCCCAGGUUAGGAAUGUGACCCAGGGAAAGGAGGAGACGCCGGCAGCGUUCUUGGAAAGACUUAGAGAGGCAUAUAGGAUGUAUACCCCGUACAAUCCGGAAGAUCCAGGACAGGCGCCGGGUGUCAUCUUGUCUUUCAUCUAUCAGUCAAGUCCAGAUAUAAGGGCCAAGUUACAGAGACUAGAAGGAUUGCAUUCACUCAGUUUGUCAGAUUUAUUGAGAGAGGCAGAAAAAGUGUUUAAUAAGAGAGAAACUCCCGAAGAGCGGGAGGAGAGGAUGUGGCAGAGGCAAGAAGAGAGAGAUAAGAAACGUCAUAGGGAAAUGAGUAAAGUCCUGGCCACUGUAGUGUCUCAGGGACAGGUUAGAGAGGGAGUUAGGACGAGAGAUCAAAGAAGGACACCGCUUGACAGAGACCAGUGUGCUUACUGUAAAGAGAGAGGGCAUUGGGCUCGUGACUGCCCAAAGAAGCCUCAAGGGUCUCGGAGACCUAAGUCAAGGGCCACGGACCUCCUCAAUCUGGAGGAUUAGGGAGGUCAAGGCCAGGAGCCCGCCCCCCCCCAGCCUAGGAUAACUCUCAAGAUUGGGGGGCAGCCAGUGACCUUCCUGGUGGACACUGGGGCUCAACAUUCAGUCCUGACCCAUACCAGAGGCUCUCUCAGUGACCGUACAGCUUUGGUCCAGGGGGCCACAGGUAGCAGGAGGUAUCGAUGGACCACCGAGAGAAAGGUUCAGCUGGCAUCUGGACAGGUAACCCACUCUUUUUUGCAUAUACCCGACUGCCCUCACCCAUUAUUGGGCCGAGACCUGUUGACUAAGCUCAAGGCUCAGAUCUAUUUUGAUGACAAGGGGUCGACGGUUACAGGACCCAAAGGGACCCCCCUACAAGUCCUAGCCCUAAAACUGGAAGAGGAAUACCGCCUGUUUGAAUCUGAGUCCUCUAAGGGGCCACCACAAGGAAUGCAGGACUGGUUGAGGGAAUUUCCCUCGGCAUGGGCAGAGACUGGUGGCUUGGGGCUGGCUCACGACCAACCCCCACUUGUUAUUCAGUUAAAAGCCUCCGCCACUCCCGUUUCAAUCAAACAGUAUCCUAUGUCCCGGGAAGCCCACGAGGGCAUUAAACCACACAUCCGGAGGCUUUUGGACCAGGGGGUACUUGUGCCCUGUCGAUCCCCUUGGAAUACCCCCCUCCUGCCUGUAAAAAAACCUGGGACAGGGGAUUACAGACCGGUUCAAGACCUGAGGGAGGUUAAUAAACGGGUUGAAGAUAUACACCCCACGGUGCCAAACCCUUACAACCUCCUCAGCACUCUUCCACCAACCCACAUUUGGUAUACGAUACUGGACUUGAAGGAUGCCUUCUUCUGUUUGAGAUUGCACCCCCAGAGUCAACUGCUGUUUGCUUUUGAAUGGAGAGACCCAGAGAUGGGGCUUUCAGGACAGUUGACCUGGACUCGGCUCCCCCAGGGGUUUAAAAACAGCCCGACCCUCUUUGAUGAAGCCUUACACUCAGACCUAGCCGAGUUCCGGGUCGAACAUCCGGCCUUAAUCUUGCUCCAAUAUGUGGAUGACCUCCUCCUAGCAGCCAGAACCCAGGCUGAAUGUCUGAGAGGCACUCGGGCCCUUUUGGCUAAACUGGGACAGAAGGGCUAUCGGGCUUCGGCCAAGAAGGCUCAGAUUUGUCAAAGCAAAGUCAUUUACCUGGGUUACACCCUAGAGGGAGGACAGAGAUGGCUCACGAAAGCAAGGAAGGAGGCCAUACUCUCCAUACCCCCUCCAAGGACCCGCCAGGUGCGGGAGUUCCUAGGUACAGCCGGCUACUGCCGCCUCUGGAUCCCAGGUUUUGCUGAGAUGGCUGCCCCCCUGUAUCCUCUCACCAAGCCUGGGACCAUGUUCCACUGGGGAGAGGAGCAACAACAGGCCUUUCAACGAAUUAAGAGAACCUUACUUGAGUCACCACUCGCUCUUGGCCUACCAGAGCUGACUAAGCCUUUUGAACUGUUCGUGGACGAGAACUCAGGCUUUGCAAAAGGAGUACUGGUACAGAGACUGGGGCCAUGGAAGAGACCUGUAGCUUAUCUAUCCAAGAAAUUAGACCCGGUAGCUGCAGGAUGGCCCUGUCUGCGCAUGGUAGCCGCCAUUGCUGUUUUGCUCAAGGAUGCAGGGAAACUGACUUUGGGACAGCCAUUAACUGUGUUAUCCUCCCAUGCGGUGGAAGCUCUGGUCCGGCAGCCCCCAGAUAGAUGGCUCUCAAAUUCCAGGAUGACCCACUACCAGGCUCUGUUGUUAGACACAGACCGAGUGGUGUUCGGACCAGUUGUCUCCCUCAACCCCGCAACCCUGCUGCCCUUGCCAGACCCAUCCGAGGAGCACAAUUGCCUCCAGAUUCUAGUGGAGGCCCAUGGCACCCGCUCCGACCUAACAGAUCAACCACUGUCGAACCCAGAUUUUAUCUGGUUCACGGAUGGGAGCAGCUUCCUCCAAGAAGGAGAAUGGAGGGCCAGAGCAGCCGUUACCACCAAAUCAGAGGUAGUUUGGGCCUCACUGCUGCCGCCUGGAACAUCGGCCCAAAGAGCAGAGCUGAUCGCGCUGACCCAGGCCCUCCGGAUGGCGGAAGGUAAGAGACUCACGGUCUAUACCGACAGCAGAUAUGCCUUCCCCACUGCCCAUGUACAUGGAGAAAUCUACAGAAGAAGAGGCCUUUUGACCUCGGAGGGUAAGGAAAUUAAGAACAAAAAAGAAAUUUUAGACCUCUUAAGGGCAUUGUUCCUCCCACAUCAGCUCAGCAUUAUACAUUGUCCUGGGCACCAAAAGGAUGACUCUGUCAUAGCACGGGGAAAUCGGCUGGCUGAUCUGAAAGCCCGGACAGUCGCCUUACAAUCCCCUAGGGGCGACCAGCUGUUGGUCUUGCAGGACCAACAACCAAGAAGAGACCCCAUGUCCUACAGCCCGGAGGACCAGGAACUAGCAAAGAAAAUGGGGGCGGAAUGGAGCCCCGAGCGACAAGCUUAUAUAAUGGAUAACAAAUUAGUUAUGCCAACCUCCCAUACCAAAUACAUGCUCAAGUUUCUCCACAUGCUAACCCAUUUAAGCAAAAACAAGAUGAGGGCCCUUCUGGCUGAUGAGGCUUUGGACACUGUGUUAUUGAAUCAGGAACAGGUCCUCCAACAGGUGACUUCCAGCUGCCCUGCUUGUGCCCAAGUUAAUCCAGGAAAAGGCCAUCUGAGCAGACGGAGCUGCCUGCGAGGUCACCGCCCCGGAGUCCAUUGGGAACUUGACUUCACCGAGGUAAAACCCGGACUGUAUGGAUAUAGAUACCUUCUGAUUUUUGUAGACACAUUUUCAGAGUGGAUAGAGAUCUUCCCUACCAAGAAGGAGACCGCUAACGUGGUAACCAAGAAACUCCUGGAGGAAAUUUUUCCCAGCCCUACCCUAGAGGCGCACCUCCAAGCCCUCCAACUGGUACAAAAGACGGUGUGGAAACCCCUGGCCGAUGCCUACCGGGAGCAACUGAAUCGCCCGGUGGUGCCUCACCCAUUCAAGAUUGGGGACUCUGUCUGGGUCCGACGCCAUCAAUCCAAGAACCUAGAGCCGAGGUAG